AUGGACAAGAAUUCGCGUAUGGAUCCGUCGGUGAUCGACGGCGUUUUCAAAAAUGGGUUCAUGGGAGUCGAGGUACCUGAAGCCUAUGGUGGACCAGGAACAUCGUUUUUUGAAACGGUUCUUAUCGUUGAGGAACUAGCAAAGAUCGGAUCCUUUUGCCUUUCCGAACCUGGAUCGGGAUCUGAUGCCUUUGCACUGAAGACUAAUGCCAAGCCGGAUGGGAAUGAUUUUAUAAUCAACGGAUCGAAGUUGUGGAUUACUAGUUCCAGCCACGCUCACUUCUUUUUGGUGUUUGCUAACGCUGACCCAUCGAAAGGACACAAGGGUAUCACCUGCUUCCUGGUGGACAGAAAUCAGAAGGGAGUGUCCGUGGACAAGGAGGAGGACAAAUGGGAAUCGUGCCUUAGCCACAUCCCAGUCCAUUCGAUAGUGUGCGAGUGCCCUUAG